GGCAACUCCUCAGGGGAAAUUAAGCGUCGAGUCAGGCUGCACCGUAAUCGCCUUUAAAAGCGCCCCCACCCUGCCUGCCGUGCACACCCAGAUACCUGGGCUGCCCCUCACCCCGCGGUUGAGUGUGAAUGUGAGUGUGUGUGUGUGUGUGUGUGAGAGAGAGAGAGAGAGAGAGAGAGAGAGAGAGAGAGAGAGAGAGAGAGAGAGAGAGAGAGAGAGAACCGGGGCGUGCGGGUGCGAGCCGCGUGUGCCGGGUAAGAGCCCAGCGAGUGCGAACCCGCGAGAGUCCGGGCGUGCGCGCCGGGCUGGGGGGCGCCCCCAGCGACCACACCGGCCAUGAGGGGCGCAGGCACCUGGGCUGCGCUCUGCCUGCUGCUGGCCACCGCCGCCCAGCUCUCGCGGCAGCAGUCCCCGGAGAGGAGACCUGUUUUCACAUGUGGCGGCGUUCUAACUGGAGAGUCUGGAUUUAUUGGCAGCGAAGGUUUUCCUGGAGUGUACCCUCCAAAUAGCAAAUGCACUUGGAAAAUCACAGUUCCCAAGGGAAAAGUGGUCGUUCUCAAUUUCCGAUUCAUCGAUCUGGAGAGUGACAACCUGUGCCGCUACGAUUUUGUGGACGUGUACAGUGGCCACACCAAUGGUCAGCGCAUUGGGCGCUUCUGUGGCACCUUCCGGCCGGGAGCCCUGGUGUCCAGUGGCAACAAGAUGAUGGUGCAGAUGAUUUCUGAUGCCAACACAGCUGGGAAUGGCUUCAUGGCCAUGUUCACGGCCGCUGAACCAAAUGAAAGAGGGGAUCAGUACUGUGGAGGACGACUUGAAAGACCUUCCGGCUCUUUUAAAACCCCCAACUGGCCAGACCGUGAUUACCCUGCAGGAGUCACUUGUGUGUGGCACAUUGUAGCCCCCAAGAAUCAGCUUAUAGAAUUAAAGUUUGAGAAGUUUGAUGUUGAGCGCGACAACUACUGUCGAUAUGAUUACAUGGCUGUAUUUAAUGGUGGCGAAGUCAACGACGCCAAAAGAAUUGGAAAGUAUUGUGGCGAUAGUCCGCCUGCGCCAAUUUUAUCUGAGAGAAAUGAACUUCUCAUUCAGUUUUUCUCAGACUUAAGUUUAACUGCAGAUGGAUUUAUUGGUCACUACAAAUUCAGGCCAAAAAAAUUACCUACAACUACAGUACCACCUGUUACUACCACAUUCCCUGUAACUACAGGUUUAAAACCCACGGUAGCCCUGUGUCAACAAAAGUGUAGAUGGACGGGGACUCUGGAGAGCAAUUAUUGUUCAAGUAACUUUGUCUUGGCCGGCACUGUCAUUACCACCGUCACUCGAGGUGGGAGUCUGCACGCCACGGUCUCACUCAUUAACAUCUACAAAGAAGGAAAUUUGGCGAUUCAGCAGGCGGGCAAGAACAUGAGUGCCAAGGUCGUCGUGGUCUGCAAGCAGUGCCCUCUCCUCAGAAGAGGUCAAAAUUACAUUAUUAUGGGCCAAGUGGGUGAAGAUGGGCGAGGCAAAAUCAUGCCAAAUAGCUUUAUCAUGAUGUUCAAGACCAAGAACCAGAAGUUCCUGAAUGCCUUGGAAAACAAGCAAUGUUAACAGUGAGCUGUGUCAAGUUAAGCUUUCUUCUGUCAUUGCCUCUGAAAGAUCUAUUUUUCUCAGUAGAAAAACAGUCUUAUAAGAUUAAAUAUUGAGCAUUCUGAAAGAUUUACUCUUCACAUGAUGUGGGUCGGAGACCUCCGACGUCGCUGGUGGAAGUUCUGUGCCUGCCCCGCAAGAGCAGACACGACGGGAAACCUGCAGACUUAGUGCCAUGAGAGGAAACUAAGUGUAUCAGAGCGUGACAGUUUGGAAGCAGUUUAUUUAUACAUCUCUGGAAAAGGGUAUUUUAAAAAUGAGUUUGGUGAAGAUGUAAAAAAGAUUUUAUAAGUGCAAUAUUUAUAGUGGUAUUUGUUUUACCUUCAAGCAUUUGCUCCAAGGUGGUAUAUUCUUCUCUUGCAUUUUUAAAUCGAUGCUUAAUAAAAUAUUUUAAAUGCUUA